CCCCCCCCCUCCUAAAUCGUCAAUUUCAGGGAAGACAAUAAGCAGAUCCCGCCCCCGCGAUGCAGGCGGAGCGAGGCGCGACGAAUUCUCACAUUGUAUCUGAUGGGUCGUCUUCUCAGAAGUCCCCGAUAUUAUCCUCUUCAGCUUCGAUUUCUGCACCCUCUUCCUUCUCGCCGUCCGGUGUUAAGUUUAUCGAGCACCGCGUUUCCAAGAUGGAUACCCUCGCCGGAGUUGCUAUAAAGUACGGCGUUGAGGUUGCGGAUAUCAAAAGAGCAAACGGUUUGGUGACAGAUAUUCAAAUGUUUGCUCACAAAUCAUUGCAGAUUCCUCUGCCGGGAAAGCACCCACCAACCCUUUUGGUGUCAAAUGGCUCAACUCAAAAUGGAGAGAAGAGUCCACCCAACAGAUCCCAUUAUGACAUCCUGAAUUCUCUUGAAUCCCUCAAAUUGAAACCAAACCGCCAUAACCACCAAAUUUCCCCCGCAAUGUGCGGCUUACAGAGCUUCUAUGGCUUCACACGACCUGAAAUGGCUCUCUGCAAUUCAGAAAAAACUCCCCCUCUCCCUCCGGAAAAGAAAAAACUUUCAGAAUCAUCACCAACCUCGGAUCCAAUCCUCCGUCGCCAUCGAAAGAGCCAUAGUUUGGUGAAUGUUGCAUCGCUCGCCGAUGGUGAUGUCUCUGAAGACAGCACUCACUCCGACCGAUCCAUCAGAAGGCGACAGAAGGCCGAUGCCGAGCCGCUGGCGGCGGCUAUCCUGCUCAGGGAGAAGGCGCCCGCGGCGGAGCCGCUGGCGGCGGCUAUCCUGCUCAAGGUAGAAGGCGCUGGAGGAAUGUUUCCAGGAAGGACGGGUAAAUGCACGGCUUUGAGGCCGAAGACUGGGAGCAUGAUGGAGAUUGAAGCUUCUCGCCGGAGCUCUUCGUCGGUUAUGGAGUCGUUGGCGGAUGUGUUUGUUUCGGUUCGAAAGUCAUCAAGCACCUCGAACCUGAGUGAACCUGAGAGCAGUUUUUCAGCCAUUUGGGGAACCAGCAAACGGUGUUGGAAGCCUGAUGGUGUUGUAAGGCCUAUUUUUGAUGGAUUGCCUAAGCCUAUAAUUUCAUGGAAGAACAAAGCAGCCCUUGAUUAGCCUUUCUUUUUUGGUGAAAAUUUACAUAAAUACCACACAUUUCUUAUGUUUUUACAUAUA